AUGUUGGGAUUACGCAAGGGAGCCACUAACGAACCUCGAAGUGAGUGGAAGGAAAUGCAGGGGGAGCGGAGCAAGUUCCACAUUCAUGACCGGAGAGGUAUAAAAGUCGAUGGACGUCUCGUGUGGUCAGUAUUUCCUACCAUGUUGUUCUUAACUUUGCUUCCAUUAGUUGCCGUGGCUUUUGCAGCGCCUCAAGGCUACAAUUUGGGUGAACCUUCUGGAGGUGGACUCUCACAUGGAAGCUCCAUAAAUGGUGGAGUAGGUGGAAUUGGAGAUAGUGGAGCAGGUGGCAUUGGAGAUGGUGGUGUAGGAGUUGGUGGCCCUGUAGGAGGUUGUCAGGAUGGCCAAAUUCUACAUGUGGAUGGAUCUUGUGUGACUCCAGUUAUCACAAGAAAAGUAUACUUAUAUGAUGCUCCUCAAGUACCCGAGGGCCCAGGCGGUCCACCUCCGAGUGUGCCACCACCCAAGGUAGAACAUAACAUCCUAUUCGAAGAACAAAGUCAACAGGUGAUCGAGGUUACACCUCAUCCAGCUUCCGACCCAGAAAUCUAUUUCGUGAACUACCAAGAAGGAGAAAACCCAACCCUCCCUCUUGGAGUAGAUCUUGAGACUGCGCUCAGCGUUGCCAGUGCUGCUGGCGGUGACGUCAUAGGAGCUGGAGCUGUCGGGGUUGGUGCCGGAGGAUUAGGCGACGGUGUUGGAGACGGAGGAAUUGGAGGCGACUUUGGAAGCAAUGGAGGAUUCGGAGGAGCUGGUGCUGGAGGUAAUGGAGGAUUCGGAGGAGCUGGUGCUGGAGGUAAUGGAGGAUUCGGAGGAGCUGGUGCUGGAGGUAAUGGAGGAUUCGGAGGAGCUGGAGUAGGAGUUGCAGGAGGAAAUGGUGGAUUCGGAGCUGGAGUAGGAGGCAAUGGAGGCUUUGGAGGAGUUGGUGUAGGAGGAAUGGUGGAUUCGGAGGAGCUGUGGCAGGAGGCAAUGGAGGAUUCGGAAGUGGUUUUGGAGACUUUGCUUCCAUUAGUUGCCGUGGCUUUUGCAGCGCCUCAAGGCUACAAUUUGGGUGAACCUUCUGGAGGUGGACUCUCACAUGGAAGCUCCAUAAAUGGUGGAGUAGGUGGAAUUGGAGAUAGUGGAGCAGGUGGCAUUGGAGAUGGUGGUGUAGGAGUUGGUGGCCCUGUAGGAGGUUGUCAGGAUGGCCAAAUUCUACAUGUGGAUGGAUCUUGUGUGACUCCAGUUAUCACAAGAAAAGUAUACUUAUAUGAUGCUCCUCAAGUACCCGAGGGCCCAGGCGGUCCACCUCCGAGUGUGCCACCACCCAAGGUAGAACAUAACAUCCUAUUCGUACGUGUUCCCGAGGCUGCUCCACCACCAGAACCCAUCAUUGUUCCUCCCGCAAGACAAGAGAAUGUGGUCUAUGUUUUGAAUAAGCAGGAAGAACAAAGUCAACAGGUGAUCGAGGUUACACCUCAUCCAGCUUCCGACCCAGAAAUCUAUUUCGUGAACUACCAAGAAGGAGAAAACCCAACCCUCCCUCUUGGAGUAGAUCUUGAGACUGCGCUCAGCGUUGCCAGUGCUGCUGGCGGUGACGUCAUAGGAGCUGGAGCUGUCGGGGUUGGUGCCGGAGGAUUAGGCGACGGUGUUGGAGACGGAGGAAUUGGAGGCGACUUUGGAAGCAAUGGAGGAUUCGGAGGAGCUGGUGCUGGAGGUAAUGGAGGAUUCGGAGGAGCUGGUGCUGGAGGUAAUGGAGGAUUCGGAGGAGCUGGUGCUGGAGGUAAUGGAGGAUUCGGAGGAGCUGGAGUAGGAGUUGCAGGAGGAAAUGGUGGAUUCGGAGCUGGAGUAGGAGGCAAUGGAGGCUUUGGAGGAGUUGGUGUAGGAGGGAAUGGUGGAUUCGGAGGAGCUGUGGCAGGAGGCAAUGGAGGAUUCGGAAGUGGUUUUGGAGGUGUGAAUGGAGGAAGUGGCGGCCUUGGAGUCAAUGGCGGCAGUCCGUCAAACCUGUACACGAGCCCAUAA